AUGGCCUGUUGUGCUACCAGCUUCUGUGGAUUCCCCAGCUGCUCCAUCGGCGGGAACCUUGGCUCCAGUUUCUGCCAGCCAAGCUGCUGCCAGACUGGCAUUGGAGGUGGUAUUGGAGGUGGCAUCAGCUCUGGAGCCAUGAGCUACCGCAUCAGGUGGUGCCGCCCAGACUGCCGUGUGGAGGGCACCAGCCUGCCUCCCUGCUGCGUGGUGGGCUCCACACCCCCCACCUGCUGCCAGCUGCACCAUGCCCAGGCUUCCUGCUGCCGCCCAUCCUACUGUGGACAGUCCUGCUGCCGCCCAGCCUGCUGCUGCCACUGCUGCCAGCCUAUCUGCUAA